GCAGCCGUCGCCGUCGCCGUCGCCGUCGCCGCUACCGCUCUGCCGCCGCCACCACCGCUACCGAGGCCGUGCGGAGCCGUUAUCACCGCGCCGCCCGCCCCGGAGCAGAGUCCCGGGCCUUCCCGCCCGUGUUCAGAUUUUUAAAAAAUACGAUGUCUAAUGGUUAUGAAGACCACAUGGCGGAAGACUGCAGGGAUGACAUUGGGAGAACGAAUUUAAUUGUCAACUACCUCCCUCAGAACAUGACCCAGGAGGAACUACGGAGUCUGUUCAGCAGCAUUGGCGAGGUUGAAUCUGCAAAACUUAUUCGGGAUAAAGUUGCAGGACACAGCUUGGGCUACGGCUUUGUGAACUAUGUUACUGCAAAAGAUGCAGAGAGAGCAAUCAGCACACUGAACGGCUUGAGGCUUCAGUCCAAAACCAUUAAGGUAUCAUAUGCUCGCCCAAGCUCAGAGGUUAUCAAAGAUGCCAACUUGUACAUCAGUGGGCUUCCAAGGACCAUGACUCAGAAGGAUGUGGAAGACAUGUUUUCUCGGUUUGGGCGAAUCAUCAACUCCAGGGUCCUUGUGGAUCAGACCACAGGUUUGUCCAGAGGGGUUGCCUUUAUCCGGUUUGACAAACGGUCUGAAGCAGAAGAGGCAAUUACCAGUUUCAAUGGUCAUAAACCCCCGGGUUCCUCCGAGCCCAUCACAGUGAAGUUUGCAGCCAAUCCCAACCAGAACAAAAACAUGGCUCUCCUCUCGCAGCUGUACCACUCGCCUGCUAGGAGGUUUGGAGGCCCUGUGCAUCACCAGGCACAGAGAUUCAGGUUCUCCCCUAUGGGUGUAGAUCACAUGAGUGGGAUUUCUGGUGUCAAUGUCCCCGGCAAUGCUUCCUCGGGCUGGUGCAUCUUCAUCUACAACCUUGGGCAAGACGCCGAUGAGGGGAUCCUCUGGCAGAUGUUUGGCCCCUUUGGUGCAGUUACCAAUGUGAAAGUGAUUCGUGAUUUCAACACCAACAAGUGCAAAGGGUUUGGUUUUGUGACCAUGACAAACUAUGAAGAAGCUGCAAUGGCCAUAGCAAGUCUGAACGGCUACCGCCUGGGGGACAAAAUUUUACAGGUUUCCUUCAAAACCAACAAGUCCCACAAAUAACUCGCUCACGCUUUUUUCUUUCUUUCUUUCUUUUUUUUUUUUUUUUCCUUUUCUUUUUUCUUUUUUGUACGGAAUAGAUAAUUAAGAGUGAAGAAGUUGAAACUUUUUUGUUAGUGUACAACUCAUUUUGCGCCAAUUUUCACAAGUGUUUGUCUUAGUCUAAAUGAGAAGUGCAAAGGUUUUUAUACUCUGGGAUGCAACCGACAUGUUCAAAUGCUUGAAAUCCCACAAAUGUUAGACCAAUUUUAAGUUUCUUAAGUUAUUUCCUUUAAAGUAUAUAUUAAACUGAAACCUAAGUAGACUGCAUUGACUAACCAGUCACUCUGGAUGGUGGUGGAACUGAAGCAUGCUUUUACUUCUAAGACUGUCUAACACCUGUUUCAUUGGAUGUCUCCACAGACUGGAUUUAAAACAAAGCAACAACAACAAAAAAAAAAAAAACUUUUCUUUUUUUUUUUCCUUUUUCUUUCUUUUUUUUUUUUUUUUUUUAAUUUCUUUAGUUUCAGUUUUUAACCUAAAGAUGUUAGACAGAUGGGGACUGUGUUUUUUCUCAACUGCUUCACCAUUUUAAACGAUUUCUGCUUUAGUUGACAGAUUUGCCCUCCCCAGCAGUCCCACUGCUGCCUCCUGCCCACUCAGUCCCAGCCCUAUGGUGUUGGGAGCAGCAGCAGGGCCCAUACUCUGGGGCCUCACAAAGGGAGGUGGGAAGAGGUUCCACGUGUUGGGCUGAGCCAGGCCCUCCAGAGACACAAAGGUGUUUUGUAAGCCCAGGCACCAGUGAGAACGGACCAAAGAGUUUCAGGGCAGCUCCAGUAUAUUCCAGAGUCAAGCCUGAGCUCCAGGCAUGCCUGAAGAUGCCCCCUCCUCUGACAUCCUGAGUGUCUGUCCACACAUUGCAUGCAUGGUGCCCACACAUCAGAUACUAUUGUUCAUGCAACUUCCCGAGUUUCUGAGACCAUUUAACCUAGCUUGAAUGCACAAUGACUGCUCUGUUUUUAAUGACACAGAACAUUUGAGCAUUGUAUUUCUCGCAUCCCUUCUUGUGAGCACUAGGCUUUUUCCAAUCUUAGAUUUUUGCUUUGAAAUUUUGCUUUUGUAUGGACACUCAGCAGAAAAGUACUUCUUGCCAGUUAUCUAUUAACACAAACCUUUGAUUUGUAGUUUUAAGGAUUAACCCUCAAAGUUCUCUUCAUAACUGCCUUGACGUUUGGGGUUCUGUUCUGUUAAUUUUCUUUUGCUUUUUUGUGUUUUUUGUUUGUUUUUACUUUUGCAUUUAAGACCAUUAAAUUUGAUUUUGUUUUGCUCG